AUGAUGUCAAACGACUCGGGUCUUGUAAGGGUAAGAUUUGGCUUUGACUUGGUACAGGGAGUACAUGAGCAUCUUAUGUAUGACUAUGUUGUUGCAGAGACUAUGUACAUUAAAGAGCAUGAGGAAGGAUAUCUUAAAACCAAUACUAGAAUUCCAUCGACAGCUAAAUCAUUUCUAAAUGCUUCAAGUGCACUCACGGCAAUACCAAUCAACCAUCAUGAACAGUCAAAGCUUGUGAUAGCCAAUGUUGGAAAUUCUCGAGCUGUCAUUUGCUGCAAAAAUGCAGUGGCUAAACAGUCAUCUGUUGAUCACUUGCCGAGCAAUGAAAAUAAAAGGAAAAGAAUUAUGGCAAGAGGUAGUGUAGUAAGAAAAGGUCCUGAGGAUGAAGCACUUGUUGAGGGGGUUUUUCCACUAUCAAGGGCAUUUGGUGGCAGCCCUUUUUGA